GCGCCUGGCGCCCCUGCUGCCGUCGCCGGUGCCAUGAUCACCGAGGCUGCGGGCACUGGCGCCACGCAGGGCAUGAACGUCGACACCAACGGCGACAUUGGCGAGUCUGACCUCACUCAGGCUGCUGGCGCGCUGCAUAUAUCUGGAGCCCCUGCGCCACCUGGACUCGCUCAUCCAGCAGCGCCAGCCGCUGCAGCAGCCGGGGCCGCGGCGCCACAGCACAUCAUCGUCUCGGACGACCUCUUCGCUUUGUACGUGGAGGACUGCCUCCUCAGCGACUUCGCCGUAGCCGCAGCCGGUACUGCUACGGUCCGGCUCGUGCCCCGCAGCCAGAUGGGCUCCUGGGCGAUGCUGGAUGGUGUGCUUCGCCAUCUCGGAUUCCAAAGCGGUCAUGUUGAUGCGUGGAUGGCCUUGGGGGUCGUCAGAACCCGGACGACGAAGGAGCAGGCGACAGCGCUGCAGCGGCGGCUUGAGCUCGCACGCACGCUGCUGACCCUGGUGGAUGCCCAGCGGUGGCCCGAGCCCGACAUCGAGAAGGCUGACGAGGCCAUGGGGCGGUUGGCGGCCGCCGCGGACGCUAUCCAGCGGGAGCUGGCGAGCACGGGAGGGCGUCGAGGGCUCAAUCCUCCCUCGCGGCGGCUCUGCCAGGAGCUCGGGGUCAUGGGCCUGACACUCCUUGACACCCUGUGGCCAGAGAGCGGCGUGGUCGGCACGCAGUGCUCGAAUCAUCCCGGACUCACGCCAGCGCAGCUCUCGCGGGCACUCCCCGCCGCAGAGGCGACGGACAUGUGCCUUGCCUUGUGUUCGACCGCGUCGGACGCUUGCUGGACGCGCCUGGCCGGCAAGGAGGUGGUCAUCUGGUCUCCGGCUGCCGCCGAGGAGUUCGGUCGCUUGCUGGGAGGCUACGUGCGCCAUUUGGGGCAGGGCCACCGCGGCACCACGCUGCGGUUGGUGUGCCCCCUCGACGACUUGCCGGGCUGCUCCACGCCGACGGUGGAGUUCAUGCUGCAGCCGCUGGAACAGAUUAGCCCGGGCGGCCGCUUUCCGCAGGUCUCGUGGCGGCCAGUGGGCCUAUUCACCUUCCAGCACGAGGCGCUGCUCGCGCUGCCGACGACGCUGACGAUGGAGGAGCCCUGGAAACAGGUCGCGGUAGGGCUGGCGACCAUCAGCCUUGAUUUCCCGACUCGUGCCGAAGCCCGGGCACUGGAGGUGACCACUGCGGUGCUGGCAGCGGGGUGGAAUCAGUCUGAGCCGCGACGAAGCCCGGCUUCGCAGAAGUCGGACCCCCGACUGCGCCUUACGUUGUACUCCGGCGACGCCGCGUGCACCGUGCUCGACGCCGCCGCCUUCGCCCGCCAGCUCCAGAGGCUGCUCCUCCCGAUGGGGGGUGCCGCCGCCCGUGGCGACGUCUUCAUGGACGAUGCGGCGCUGAUCAUGACCACCACGGGCCCAGGCGCAUUCACAGUGGCGGGGGGCAACUGCUUGGAGCUCCUCCCGCUGAGCGCGAGGACUGCGGUGAUACGCGCCAGGCUGGAUGAGGCCAAGUGGGAGGAGGACAUGCGGGACUGGCAGGCCGCAGAUCCUCAGCGAAGUGUUUACCACCUUCGCCAUAAGCGGCUGUUCAACGAGGGCGGACUCUGGGCCUCCGCGCCGGGGUCGGCGAACCGGCAGCGGCAACUUGCAGCCCGCACGGACGAGGUGUCGGCGCGUCUCUUGCUGCAGCUGCAGGGUCCGCCAGGCCCCCGGCCCGACACCGCUGUGCAGGCGGUGGGCGAUAUGAUCCAGAAGGCUCUCGGCCAGCAGGUCAAGCCCAUUCGUCCUGAGGAGGCUCUGGAGGCCUACUCCCUUCGUCCCGAGCGCGGUACGAUGGUGGGCUCCCUUACUGGCCGCCUGGAGCUGGCCGUUCGCUCGCCGGCUGAGGCCCGCCAUCUGCAUGAGUUACUCCACGGCCGUGGCAUUCAGCUCGGGGUCGACCUGGUGUCUCUGCAGGUGCAGCUCACUCCGCUCGCGGCUCGGCCGGGAAACGGCCGCCGGUGCUGGGCGACCCGGCCGGCCUGCGCCGGAGCCCAUUCGAGCAUUCUGGGCGCACGGCUCUUCCGCCAGGGCUGGCGUGGGCGUGAUCGUCACGACUGCCUUCUUGAAGCGAUUCGCUCCCACUUCGAUUGGCGGAUCUUGGUGCCCGGGCGUGCCGGCGAGUUGUGGCUGAAUGGCGAGAAAGGUGACCUUUCCAUCUUUGCAGUGUACUUCGCCACGGGCUCGCACGAGAGGGCCGAGGAGGACUCCGCCAUCACGGCCAAGACGUCCAGGCAGCGGAUGCGACGUACUCUGGCGCCUCAGAUUGCACCGUCGUCGCGGCGGCUCAGCCUGCUGAUGGGGGACUUCAAUUGGGUGGCUGAUGAGCUGGGGCGCAUUCAGAUUGAGGGCCACGGGCCGAGCGGCGGGCGCGACCGGAGGGAGGAGCAGCACUUUGGGCAGCAGUUGCAAGGCACCGACAUGGUGCUGCGGCGCCAUUCAGCGUACACGCACCAGCACCAGGGAGAGUCGCGGGCCGGGGACUCAGGGCGCACCCUGCCUCCAGAGAUGGGGUACUGCCCUGCCUGGAAGGACCGGGCCCAGCUGAUCUUCACCGAGUGGCUGGCCGGCGAUCGCAGUGGCAUGGCGACGUCCCCUUUUGGUCGUCUCCGGCUGCUGAAGGAAGCGAUGGCCGAGGCUGCCGUGGGGCUCCAGCGCGCUGCCCCGCGCGAGCUGCCACGGGGCGACGCCGAGGGCCGUCUCUCUUGGUCGAUGCGGGGCUUGCAGGGCGCGCAGCGUCAGGACCGCGAUCUUCUGCUGCAAAUGGCGGAGGCGGUGCCGGAGCUCGCCCCUUGUUUGACGAUGCCGCCGUUGGAAGCCCGUCGCUUUCUGCAGGACGCAGCCCGCGUUUACGCGAAGGCCGCUGCACGAGCCCAGCUGGAGGAGGUGCAGGUGGCAACGAAAGCCGGCGAGUCCGAUGGGACGGUCCGCGGUUUGCGCCACCGGGCCAUGCAGACACUCCGCCGCUUGCGCCCGCGGGCGGAUCACGCCCUAUCGGCGAUGCAGCUGCCCGACGGCUCGGUCACCGCGGACCCGCAGCGUUCUGCCCCCGCCUUGGUCCGGCACUGGGCCGAGCACUUCCGGGCCAAGGGCGUCGGCAGGUUGGAGGAGAUCGAACAGCGGUUCGCGGCGAUAGCGAGUUUUGCGGAGGUGAUGCCCGAGUGCGAGGUGGCGGCGGCUCACGUGCGACAGGCGCUUGAGGCAGCUGGUGCAACGGCUCCUGGGCCAGAUGGCAUCCCGUAUAGCUUCUGGCGGUGCAUCGGAGAGCUUGGCGUGGAAGUGCUCGCGGACACCAUGGCGGCGAUGAUGGCUGAAGGGUCAGAUGAGACGAUCAUGCGUGAGUACGGCUCGGGAGAUAACGGGUUCGGCCCCUGCGACUUCAACGGGAGUUUGCUCGCGCUGCUGCCGAAAAAGCCCACGGUGCACGACCCUGCUGCAGGGGCUUUCUUCUGCCCAGCCGACACGCGGCCACUCAUGCUCGUGGACGCCUCGAACCGCCUGCUGGCCAGUGCUCUGCGGAACGCCAUUGAGCCAGCGAUUGAGCAGCUCGUUGGCCGCCGCGAGCGCUGCGCAUUCGCCGAUGACCUCGCUCUGGCGGGAGCCGGCGGGCACCGGGCGUGGCCGCAGCUGAACCGCCUCUUCGCGCGCUUCGCCGCAGCGUCUGGGCUGCACCUGAACCUCGCGAAGACUGCGGUGCCAGACUGGGGCGCGGUGCGGAUCGCCCACUCUGGCACGUACCUGGGAUUCGAGGUCGGCCCAGCGGCGGCGGAGAGUGGAUGGGACGCCCCCGUGCGGAAGUACAAGGAGGCGGUUUGCAAUUGGGCUGGUCGGGUGCACGGCGUGCACCUGGCGACAUUAGCAUACGACGUCUUCGCGAUAUCGAAGCUACAGUAUGUGGCGCAGUUGCAUGGGGCGCCUCCUGGCCGGUCACGGUUGGAGCAGUGGGCGAUUCAAUAUCUCUUCCCUGGCCGGUACAAGUGGUUGCCCCCUGGCGUGGCCCAGCAGUGGCGGGAUGAGUUCAGGAUGCCGUGCCAGCUGGCAGCUCGCUCCCGUGCCGCGGCCUCUUCCUGGGACAUCGAGUGGCGAUGGCGCGCUUGGUUCACGGCCGGCCCUGUCCAGAAACUUCAAGCCGCGAUGGAAGGCUUGGCCCGCCAGGGCAUCACAGAGUCCAGCGCCAUGGAGCAGGGGGCGGGGCGCGGCCCGCGCCCCAUCCCCCUCGCGACCUGGCGGCGUGCCCGCCGGCGGCUCCAGUCAUCGGCGGCGACGCUCUUGCGGCGGAGGCAUUGGCUUCGAGUGGGUUUCGCCCAGCUGAGCGCCAAAGUCCGCAAAUGGCACGACCCGGGCUCCCUGCCGGGCCGCCGGGCCCAGCGGUGCCGACUGGUCACGCAGCGGCUGCCGAAGCGCACGGCACCGCGAGUGCGAGCGGCCGUGCUGCGCACCUGGCUCAACGGCCGGUGCACAGGGCGCCGCUUUGGGGCCCGCGGAGGGCGCUGCUUCUUCGGCUGCACUGGGGGCGAUGACGACGUCCGGCACUACGUCCGCUGCCGGCAUCUCUGGCGAUUCGGGGUGGACAAGCUAGGUUUGGCAGACCCAGGGCACCCGGAGGAAGUGGCCCGCACGGCAACGGUGAUCGCCGUCGGCUACAAGGCCCACGCCGUUGUCAGCCACACGGCGAGGGCCAACCUCGACAUCCAGAGGGCGUUCGCGGAGGUCCUCCGGCAACUCCAGGAACGGCAGCCCGCGGCGUGUGAGGGCCGCUUAAAGGGCUAUAGGUCCGCCCGGCCUCCGGGGUCCCUCGGAGCCUCCGCUGGUCCGCUCCAGGCCUCGGGCCUCGGGCCCGCCCUCACCCUCCGCGCGGUGGAG